AUGUCUAUCCAGUACUCAAUUGAUUCUGUUAAAUCCUACAUGCAAGCCAUGGAAUCCAUGGUUGCAGCAGUGCAGGACUUAAAUAGUGUGGGCGCUCCACCCGAAAUUGACAACGAGAUCAAGAGGCCGCAACAUAAAUAUUCAGUUCCUCUGACAACACUCUCGCAAGAUCGAAACGAGUGGGAUGACAUCUUUGACAGCUACGGAGAUUUUUCCCCCGAGGAAGUUUUGAAAAACCUCGAAGGAACGAGUGACUCUGGCUCAGAGCUUAGAGAACUGCGAAAUCUGCUAAAUAAACAAGAAUUCUAUGUGGACAAAAAGUCUCUCAUGGACUCUUUGCUGCUGCUGCUAAAAAAUGAAGAUUUAGAUUCUCUGCAAGGCGAUUUAUUUGAUUUGCUCGGCCACGAAAACUUGGAACUUAUUUCCUUUCUGGUGCAAAACCGAUCGUUGCUUCUCUCUAUGGAGAGCGACGAGCUUUCCGAGGUUCUUGAAGAAACCCCUGAUUCGGAGAGGUUUAUGUCGGAGAAAGAGAUCCGUGAGAGUGUUCUCAAAACGGCUCAGGACAUCAAAAAUCUCCAGUUGAAUCCACUGCAAAAAGAACAACAGUAUCCUCAUGUUUUUCGCAAAGCCGAAGCAGGUUCAAGUUUCACACUAUCGUUCACAGGUCAGAAGUUCGCACUACCUGUUGGGACUACAAGGCAAUCAUAUGCUUCGCGCGAGGAGAUAAUCAUACCUUGUGCUGACGGAGGGUUUCAAAGAUCCUUAAAAUUCAAAAAUAUUAGAGUUGACAAUUUAGACAUAUUUUGCCGUUCAGUUUUUUCCUAUGAGCAUUUGAACGCUAUCCAGACUCUAGUAUAUCCUGUUGCAUACGAAACUAACGAAAACAUGCUUAUCUGCGCUCCUACUGGUGCCGGUAAGACUGAUAUUGCAUUGAUGACCAUUCUCAACACUAUAAGACAAUUUUCGGAAAUUGAUGAGCAAAGUAAUAUUGACAUUAGUUAUGAUUCCUUCAAGGUAGUUUAUGUGGCUCCGUUGAAAGCUUUGGCAGCUGAAAUUGUAGAAAAAUUCUCCAAGAAACUUUCUGUUUUUGAAAUAAAGGUACGAGAACUGACCGGUGACAUGCAGUUAACAAAAGCUGAAAUUUUGGAGACCCAAGUGAUUGUUACAACUCCGGAAAAAUGGGAUGUGGUCACCAGAAAAGCGAAUGGAGACAAUGACUUGGUUUCAAAGAUAAAGCUUUUGAUAAUAGAUGAGGUUCAUUUACUACACGAGGAAAGAGGUUCAGUGGUUGAGACGUUGAUUGCUAGGACACUGCGCCAAGUAGAAAGAUCACAAUCGAUGAUAAGAAUUUUAGGGUUGUCGGCGACACUUCCCAACUUCAUUGAUGUUGCUGACUUUCUGGGCGUUAAUAGGCAAGCUGGCAUGUUUUACUUUGAUCAGUCUUUUCGUCCGAAGCCUCUGGAGCAACAGCUUCUAGGUGUACGUGGGAAAGCAGGAAGUAAGCAAGCUAGAGAAAAUAUUGAUAACUCUGCAUACGAGAAGAUGACGGAGAUGCUGCAGCGAGGUCAUCAGGUCAUGGUUUUCGUUCAUUCUAGGAAGGAUACUGUAAAAAGCGCCAGGACCUUUAUAUCUAUGGCCCAGGCGCACCAUGAACUUGACAUAUUUACAGAUAAUUCAACCAUACGGGAUCUUUACUCCAAGGAGAUGACCAAUAACAAAGACAAAGAUAUUAAGGAGCUCUUCCAAAGUGGUUUUGGAGUGCAUCAUGCGGGUAUGUCAAGAUCUGAUCGAAAUUUAUCUGAAAAAAUGUUCAAAGAUGGUGCCAUUAAUGUUUUGAUUUGCACAGCCACCUUAGCAUGGGGUGUGAAUCUGCCAGCAGACUGUGUCAUCAUCAAGGGAACCCAGGUAUACGAUUCUAAGAAGGGCGGAUUUACGGAUCUGGGUAUAUCAGACGUUAUACAAAUUUUCGGCAGAGCGGGCCGGCCAGGCUUUGGCUCUUCUCAUGGUACAGGCAUACUUUGUACAACUAGCGAUUCGCUGGAUGAUUAUGUUUCCCUCAUCACACAACAACAUCCUAUAGAAUCUAAGCUAGGUUCAAAAAUCGUUGACAACUUAAAUGCUGAAAUAUCUCUUGGCAGCGUCACCAAUGUGGAAGAAGGUGUUCAAUGGCUUGGAUACACCUACCUCUUUGUGCGAAUGAAAAAGAAUCCGUUCAGUUAUGGUAUAAAUUGGGACGAGCUGAAGGAAGAUCCUCAACUUUAUGAAAGGAGGAGGAAAAUGAUAGUAACGGCGGCAAGGCGUUUACACACACUUCAGAUGAUAGUCUUUGAUGAAGCCUCGAUGCACUUCGUUCCCAAGGACUUAGGUCGCAUAUCAUCAGACUUUUACUUGCUUAAUGAAUCUGUCGAAAUUUUCAACUCCCUAUGCAACCCCAGUGCAACCGAGGCAGAUAUCUUGUCCAUGAUCAGUAUGAGCAGCGAGUUUGAUAAUUUGAAAUUCAGAGAAGAAGAGGCUACAGAACUUUCGAGGCUCAUGGACAGUUCAGCGGAGUGUCAAAUCGGCGGUGAGGUUGAAUCCUCACAGGGUAAAACCAAUGUGCUUCUACAGUCUUACAUUUCCAGAGCGCGCAUAUUUGAUUCUGCACUCUCUUCAGACUCAAAUUAUGUUGCCCAGAACUCUAUCAGAAUCUGUCGUGCUCUAUUUCUGGUGGGAGUAAACAGAAGAUGGGGUACCUUUUCCAAAGUAAUGCUAGACAUUUGCAAGUCCAUAGAAAAGCGGAUGUGGGCCUUUGAUCAUCCCUUGUGCCAAUUUGAACUACCGGAACAGGUAGUCAGGAGGCUUAGAGAGAAGAAGCCGUCUUUGGAUAAUCUCUUAGACCUUGAGCCAGAAGAGUUGGGAGACUUGGUACACAAUAAAAAGAUGGGUCACAAGCUCAACGCGAUUUUAGACCGUUUCCCUAAGGUUGACAUUGCUGCUGACAUAUUUCCAAUUACUACCAACGUAAUGAGGAUUCACAUAACAUUAACUCCUUCUUUUUUGUGGGAUGUCAAAGUGCAUGGAAAUGCUCAAUUCUUUUGGUUAUUUGUGGAGGAAUCUGACAGGUCUCAAAUUUUACAUGUAGAGAAAGUUAUCAUUUCCAAACGUCAAAUGAAAAAUCCACAUGAAUUAGAUUUCAUGAUCCCUCUUUCCGAUCCCUUACCACCUCAAGUGGUUGCGAAAGUUGUGUCGGACGUGUGGAUAGGUAGUGAAUCGUCCCAAGUAAUUUCGUUUCAGCACUUAAUUCGGCCGCAUAAUGAAACUUUGCAAACGAAACUACAGAGACUGAGACCAUUACCUGUGACUGCUUUGCAAAAUAGGCUUUUGGAGGAAAUAUAUCCUUUCAAUUACUUUAAUCCAAUGCAGACAAUGACGUUUCACACGCUGUACAAUACUAAUGACAAUGUUUUUGUGGGUUCUCCAACCGGCUCUGGAAAAACCGUUGUGGCGGAGCUAGCAAUGUGGCACGCGCUUAAGGAAUUCCCUGGUAAUAAAAUUGUUUAUAUCGCGCCCAUGAAAGCUUUAGUCAGAGAACGAGUCACCGAUUGGAGAAAAAGAAUUACUCCUAUAACCGGCGAUAAAGUUAUUGAACUAACAGGUGAUUCUCUCCCAGAUCCAAAAGAUGUUCGUGAUGCAACUAUUAUUAUUACAACUCCCGAAAAAUUUGACGGUAUAUCCCGUAAUUGGCAAACUCGUAAGUUUGUACAAGAGGUCUCACUUAUCAUCAUGGAUGAAAUCCAUUUAUUGGCAAGUGACCGUGGUCCAAUCCUUGAAAUGAUUGUGAGUCGUAUGAACUAUGUUGCUUCACAAACCAAAAGACCUGUCAGGCUUCUUGGAAUGUCGACAGCCGUUUCAAAUGCAUAUGAUAUGGGCGGCUGGCUUGGUGUAAGAGAUAAUGGGUUAUACAACUUUCCGUCUAGUGUCAGACCAGUUCCUCUGAAAAUGUACAUCGAUGGAUUUCCUGAUAACUUAGCAUUUUGUCCUCUGAUGAAAACAAUGAAUAAGCCUGCCUUCAUGGCUAUCAAACGACACUCUCCAGAAAAGCCAGUUUUGAUCUUUGUUGCUUCCAGGAGACAGACAAGACUAACUGCCUUGGACUUAAUUCACCUGUGUGGUAUGGAAAGUAACCCUAGGAGGUUCUUAAAGAUUGAUGAUGACGAUGAGCUUCAAUAUUAUCUAUCACAGGUUUCUGACGAUACAUUAAAACUGGCUUUACAAUUUGGGAUUGGAUUGCAUCAUGCAGGUCUAGUAGAGAAGGACCGAUAUAUUUCCCAUGAACUUUUUCAAAGAAAUAAGAUACAAGUUCUUGUGGCUACAUCCACAUUGGCCUGGGGCGUAAACUUGCCGGCGCACCUUGUCAUCAUCAAAGGUACUCAAUUCUUUGAUGCAAAAAUUGAAGGUUACCGUGAUAUGGAUCUCACUGAUAUUCUGCAGAUGAUGGGGAGAGCUGGUAGGCCUGCAUUUGACACUUCUGGUACUGCCAUAGUGUACACGAAGCAGGCCAAAAAGAUGUUCUAUAAGCACUUUUUGAACAUUGGUUUCCCUGUAGAAUCUUCGCUCCACAAGGCCUUGGAUGAUCACUUGGGUGCUGAAAUUGCUUCAGGUUCCAUUACAAAUAAACAAGAAGCGAUGGACUUUAUUAGCUGGACGUUUUUCUUUAGAAGAUCUCAUCAUAAUCCAACGUACUACGGCAUAAUGGAGGAUACUUCUGCUGCCGGCAUUAAUAAGUACUUGAGUGAACUAAUUGAUCAGACAAUUGAGAAUUUGGCAGAAUCUAACUGUGUGGCUCUGAAAGGAAAUAAGAUCGUGGCUUUACCAUUCCUCAGUAUUUCCUCUUACUACUAUAUUUCGCACAAAACAAUUCGCCAACUUUUGAAAAGAGUUCACGACAACGCAUCUUUCAAAGACGUUUUGAAGUGGCUGUCACUUGCUGUCGAAUAUAAUGAGCUUCCUGUUAGAAAUGGGGAAAUUAUCAUGAAUACUGAGAUGUCGGCACAAUCACGCUACCCAGUAGAUGUUGCUUUUGUAGGGGAAGAUGAACUUCCAAUGUGGGAUCCCCACUUAAAGGCUUUUUUGCUAUUGCAAGCUUACUUCAGUCGUGUUGACCUACCAAUUGCAGAUUAUCAUCAAGAUACCAUUUCAAUUUUAGACCAAGCCUUACGUAUUUUGCAGGCAUAUGCAGAUGUGGCAGGCGAGUUAGGGUAUUGUUCGACCGUAUUGACAAUCAUUAAGAUGAUGCAAUGUGUUAAGCAAGGUUGCUGGUACGAAGAUGACCCUAUCAGCCUACUUCCUGGUGCAGAAUUAAGAAGACUUCCUGAAAACAGUUUCAAUGAGCAAUGCUCUUUGACUGGAUCCACAGGAACUAAGAAUCUGGACGAGAUUGGCAGACUUGGGUAUAAACGACUUGAAGUAUUGGCGCGUAAGCUCAACGUUACUGAGGAGCAAAUGAAAGCAUUUGUAAAGGAGUCCACUCGGCUGCCUGUUCUUGCAGACGUUAAAGUUGAACCUCAAACUAGUGCUGGUUCGGUUACAAUUUCGGCAAAACACGCUAAUACUAAAACGAAUAAAAAUUUCGAAGUUUACUGUGAUAAGUUUCCUAAAACGCAGAAAGAACUUUGGUUUGUAAUUGGGUAUCAAGGUUCAGAGCUUCUAAUGUUGAAGAGAUGCCAGCCAAGAAAAAAGGGCAACAAUGUAAUCAUUAGUUGUGAUUUUGUGGUCGCCGAAGAGUUGCAAGGUCAAACACUACAAUUUACCAUCAUCAACGAUGCUUUGGACAUCAAAUACGAGCUACAACAUACUCUGAAGGAACUCUAA